UUAUAUUAUUUUUAAUAACAUCAGAUAAAAAUAUUAUAUUAGAUAUAGUUGUAUAGAAGAGAAAAUAAUACUUGAGUUUAUGACGAAAUGACGAACACAAUUACAACUUACAAGAUUAUUAUAAAUUAAGAAACCGAUUAAAACAAAUCAGAAUGUUGUUAACGUUUUAAAAUUAAAACUAUAAUACCACAGUACUAUUUGCUACAGAUAAAUCAAAUGAUUUUUUACAUCAAAGACAGUUGAUCAAACACUGUGCAUAUCAAUAAAAUUAUAGAACACUAACUGGCACUGGCAAUUGCUAUAAUGCUAAGUAUUAUAGUUGUUAAUUGUUUAGAGUUUUUAAAAUAGUAAUUAAUUAUUAUUAUUAAUUGGUAAGUUAAAAAAGAGCUAAUAAAAUGUGUGUACAUCUCGACAAAUUCUAUUACCAAAUAUUUGAAUUAUUUAAGUCACCUAGGUCUCCCUAAAAGGGGACAUUAUCUUGGAUAUACUAAAUACUUACCCAAAUUAUGAAAUAAAUGAUCCAUUUUUAUAAUAAUUAGGACAAUAAGACAUUUAGACAUAUUAGGGUCAAACAAUAAUGAUACUGGAAACUGGAAUACUCUUAUACAAAACAUUUUUCAAUUCUAUUUUGUCAGUUAUAGAAAUUUGUCUGUACAGAUUUCUAUGAUUAUUUAAAUAUGUAUUUAACAUUUGCAUUUAUAGAUUGGCUUUCCUCGUCUUCCAUUACCACAAUUAAAGAUAUAGUAUAUCUUUAAUUGUGUCUAUUACUAACAGAUUUGGGUAUAAACAUAAUAUAAUUAAGGAGAACUGAGAAAUAUUAUUCAGUGUAUAGGAUAUAAUAUAUAUAUUAAUAUUACAGCUAUUCAUUGUUCUAUGUCAUUACUGUCUAACUAUACUACUAUAGGUACAAUUUAUUAUUUUCAUUUAUAAUCAAUGUGAAUAUAAAAUUGCAAUUAAUUAAAACUAUAAUCUAAGAGGUAUGUGUAAGUUAUUGUUACCUACCCAAAUAUAAUAAUCAUCAGGAUAACACUCAUGAAAAAUAAACUUGUAUUUAUAACAUUUUUAUCUAUGUGCUAUACCUACUCUAUUCAGAAUAAAAACAGACCAGGCAGUGGACGAAAACACAUCGUUGUUCGCGCAUCUAUCCCCACUACGGCUGCCACCACAAAUAUUCACUUUUACCGAAUAAUUAAACUAAUUGGCCACCAGGUGGUCUGGCUGCGCCAAGCUCAGUUGCGAUGCGGUCUGUUUUUAUUCUCAAUAGAGUAUAAAUUAUAAUGUAUGAUUGAGUUGUUAUUGAACAUUUUUAUAAUCAUUUUCAGAAGUAUUAAUUAAAAUGAAUAGUCGACCGUUCAAGUUGAUAACAUUUGAUAUAACUGGAACUUUAUUAAAAUAUCGAAGUUCUCCAGCUAUAGAAUACUCGAAUAUAUUAAAUAAAUAUGGCAUAGAAGUAAAAUUAUCAACUCUAGAGAAUUUGAUUAAUAAAAAUUGGACAUUCAUGACAAAAGCACAUCCAAAUUUUGGUCUUUGUACUGGCCUUGAAUGGGAAAACUAUUGGAGAAUUUAUGCACAAAAUGUUUUUAGCAAAGCAUUUCAGAUAGAAAAUAUCACUGAUAAUGUACCUCUGACAGAUAUAAUUGACGAAUUGAUGAUAACGUACAGUACAGGAGAAACAUUUAAAGUACAAAAUGGAGCUAUUGAGUUAUUGGAGUAUUUGAAAAAAGAACAAGUACCAUUGGGAGUUUUGUCUAAUUAUGACCCAAGAAUUAAAUCUAUGAUAAAAAAUCUGGGUCUCUCUCAUUAUUUUAAAUUUAUUUUGUCAUCUUACGAAGUGAGGUCUGAGAAGCCUGAUAUUAAAAUAUUUAGAAAAGCAGAAUCAUACAUUGAAAAGGGUUUAAAUCGUGAGUUAUUUUUACAUAUUGGUGACUCAUAUUUGUUGGACUUUAAAGGUGCAAAAAAUGCUGGGUGGUCUGCAUGUUUAGUUCAUACGGAUAAAAAUAUAAUUGAACAGUAUCCAUGUGUGAGCGGUUGUAUAUUUGAUGAUUUUACAGCUUUAAAAAGGUUUUUAGUGACAUGCAAUGCAAAAAAAAUAUAUUCUGAACAAUAGAAUUAAUAUUUUGAAUAUUAAUUGUAUCCUUUCAACUAUGUUGGAACUAUGUUUUAUAUCGGUUAAGUUUUUUUUAGUAAAAUUUACUAA